AUGUCUUAUCCUUCACGAUAUUCUGCUUGGCGGCGAAGCCAGGGCACCAUGGGCUCACAUGCGAAUCCCCUCACUAUCAAUCUCCACAACAACGAGGAAUUGCCCAAAGAUUUGGCUUCACAUGAUGUUGUGAUUAAGAUACAUGCAGUUUCAUUGAAUCGCCGCGAUUUCACCAUGCUCAACGGCGAGUAUCCCGUCCCGCUUGAGAGUGGCGGUGUACCCUGUUCCGACGCUGCGGGAGAGGUUGUUGCUACAGGAAAUGCUGUUUCCCAGUUUUCUGUUGGCGACCGGGUUGUCCCAAUUCCACCUAUUGGGGACCACUACCCGGAUAAUGAUGGGUGGCAUUGGAAUAUCGGAGUACAGGAGCCAGGGAUGCUUCGCGAAUAUGCGAUCUGCCAGGAGAGGGAUCUUUUCCCUCUGCCAGACAAUCUAUCAUGGGAAGAGGCGACUUGGACCGCUUUGGAUUGUAUGAAGACUAUGCCUAAAGAUGGUGUUGUUUUACUACAAGGGACUGGCGGCAUUAGCAUGAUUGCGCUGAUGCUAUGUCUUGGAGCUGGCGUUCAGCCAAUCAUCACGUCAUCGUCAGACGAUAAGCUUGAAACUAUCAGGAAGAUCAGCCCUAGGAUUUUAGGGAUAAACUACAAGACGACUCAUGACCAAGUAGCAGAAGUCAAACGUCUCACCAACGGCCGAGGUGUUGACUAUGUCCUCAACAAUACAGGUAUUCCGAGUGUAAUUGAUGACAUUGAGAUGUUGCGCGAACGAGAUGGGACAGUGUCUCUUGUCGGUGCCCUCGGCGGAUUUGAAUCUGUUUGGAAGCACUCAGAGCUGAUAAAGCUCAUGACGAAACGAGCUAAGUUAAAGGGCGUUGUCCUGGGAACGAAGGCAGAGUUUAGGGACAUGGUGCAAUUCAUUGCAGACAAAAACGUUUCUCUAACACUAGCUAUCAAUGAACGUUCUUUCGCGUUCAAGGAUGCUAAGGAUGCGUAUGACCUACUUGAGUCUAAUAACUUCUGUGGAAAGAUCGUGAUCAAGGUAGCGGAGUAG